AUGCAAUCGGACGAUGCAACGGAGCUCGGAAAGCACGCCUCUCACCAAGAUCGAGAAACGCACUCGCCUGAGGAUUCAGCUACAAAAGCGCGUGCUCUGGGUACAGCAGCCGACCCGCUUGAGCGCUACAGGGCCCUGCUUAGCGACUCGCGAAGCUCGAGUUCCCGUCCGCCAGAGCUGCCUCUAUUGCAGGAGCUCUAUGGCGACGUUCACGCUGCCCUGGUAGACGUAUGUUGUACGUUUCUAGACCGACUCGCCCGACUGCUCCAGGACGAGGCAGCUACGAGUGCGGCGCUCGGCACUGGCGAGGCGCUGCUACAGCACAACAUAGCUUUACUCACCUCCGUUCGAGAGGCUCGCGCUGUGCUCCUGGAUCCGGCACAGGGCAGCCUCUGGUUUCCUUUGCGAAAAGCCUAUGCGUACAGGUCUCGCCUUGCAGAGGCCGAAAAAUGCUAUCAGAUAGCUGUGCAGGCGGAACGUAUCGCGAGACACCUCGCAACCCAAGACGUUGUCCACGACUUGACCUCUUUUGGCCGCACCCUCGCGUCAUUACACGAGUCAUUGGAGGAACUGCGACGCUUUCCGAGCCUCAAGGCGGCCACAGAAGAACUGUUUUCGCUCGAGGAGCGUUCCUGGUCACAGUUUCAGCAGGCCUGGCGAAAACAGCUGGCACGCUGGCUAGCCGAAAUGCAACACCUGCCGAGCACAAACUUAGAAGAAACGGCUGUGAAAUCCUAUAACUGGCCUGGCAUCGAAGUGUUCUUCCUUCGAUGUCAGAGACAGGCGGACUUUGUUGAGAUUGUAGCCCGCCUUACCGCCGAAAGCAUCGAGCAGCGGUUGCGAACAAACGCUGCCGUUGCACGAGUGGAAGAAGCGCUCACCACGCUUGCCACCGAGAGCGCUCAACCAGGAAGACAAUUGCGGCUCGUGUGGGGUCCGGGAGCGCUUCUCGCGGACUCGAUGACAGCGACGUGGAUACUGGGCGGCAAGGAGCAGCUCGAAGCGCUCCAGACGCUGGCAACGCAUGUCCCCAGUGCAUUAGAGCAAUAUCAGGAGCAGCUGCAGACGUAUAGCAGGCUCUGGCAAGAACUGCUGGAGACCUCUGCUCCGGCAGCAGCGAGGGCGCCUGCUCAAAGUCCGACGACUGAUACCGACUUCAAACGAGGCACCAGUGCGUCUGUGAGCUCCUCGCCGCUCGAUGAGCGACAGCAGGCAGCGGCGAGCGACGCCUCCUCUGCGCAACAGCCGGAUGCCUCCAUAUCCACCCGUCAUGCUGCUCUGGUAACGAUGCUCUUUCGAAUGUCCUUAUCACGUCUCUGGAAUGAAUUCACCCGCCUCGCGUCCCUGGAUACUUUCCGUUCACAGCAAAUCCUGGAAGCGUCUACAGCGCCAGACGGGUUCGCUCUAACCCCAGUGGCUGCGCUUGCUUCGCUCACACAGACGCUGUACCGCUCCGGUACCGAGACGCUGCGUUGUUUGUGGCACACGCUGGUGGUAACUCCAACCGACACGUCAACUGUGUCGACAGUUCGCAACGCACUGCUAGAAAAGGAACUGAUUCGCGUAUACGAUCUCUGUCUGAUGCCACGCUUGGUUGUCGCUAUGAGCGCAGGUCACGGUCUGCUGGCACCGCAAGUCCUCAUGGAGGCGCCGCUUCAUCCAGAGGGAACCGAAGAUAUCCCCGAGGUAGCUGCACUCCAGUCGCUUGCCUCAACUGGUGAUGCAUUCGCUAUGCACUCGCCACGAACGCUCGAAGCACUCUGUGUCGAGAUGCGGGCCUUAUGCGAGCAGUCUGCACAGCAGACGUGCUCGGAACGCACGCAGAACAUGCGGAAAGCGACCCGUAUCCUGAAGAAAAUGACUGGGUUUUCAGUGAGCCUACGUUUGGCAUUUGGGCGUCGACUCGAACAGCAGUGGAAGGAGUGGCUUCCCCAGGACUGCGGUCUCAGUCUACUAGGUUCACUGCUUCCGGCAAUGCAGGAUGAAGUGGUGCGUUUUCAGACAUGGUUUACUGAGGCUUUCUGCAGCAUGCUGCAUCUAGUGCGCGUACAGCGUGCCGAGCCGUCCACCACAGUGCCUAGUCUAUCACCGGGGUUGACGUCGAACGGUAGCAUCGCCGAAGAGCGCUUGUCGGCGAACGAUGCGAGUGACUACUCUCGAGCAUUCCAGACCGUCUUCGAGGCGCUCCACGAAUUGUUGAGCUGGACGCUAGAUGUCGUAGCGUCCGUUGCACAUCAAAAAGACGCCACACGACAGGUGCAGGAGACACAGCGGCUUGCAGAGCUUGUUCAGCUACUUGAAGACCAGCCGCUCGCUUUGCAGCGGGUUUCAGAGAGUGCCGUGUCUGCGUCAGCGUCACCGCUCGCAGUCCUCUGGGCACUAGCUCGGGAUCCUGCGCUUCGGGACACCUACUUUGCAGACUGGAACGACACCGAGCACCCAGUAAGCCGUUCCGUAGAGCAGCUCGCCAGGAGUGUCGUGCCGGCGCUGGUCCAGGCUCGAACACUCAUUCGGGCGCUUGGCGAAGCGCUCUUCGCGGAGACGCUGCUGCGGCUUGAAGCGACACUGCGACUUCCUGGCGUACACCCGGAACCCGACUACGAUACCUCGCUGGAUCUUCCGGCACUCUCCGAGCAUCCCAGUGAAGCGAUGAUUGCCUUCGGGGAACGUCUGUUGGCCUUACCAUCGCUGCUGGAACCGGUAUUGUCCAAUGUGCGGAGUGUUGUGCAUUUGCGUUGCCUGACACUGCCCCUGUCGCUGCCCGACGAUACCGCGAUGCAGAGCAACUGGGAGGCUCAUAUGCAGCGUAUCGUUGGGCAAGUAUACCGCGAUUCGAGGGAUAUGGAACGAUCGCCACGGGGAUCUGGUACGAGCAUCGAACUCGCCACUGCAGCGCGAUCCUGGCUGCUCUGUAUGCUGACACCGCUCACCGAGAGGGCGUUUAGGGCAUUGCGGGGCGCAGAGACUGAACCCUCGUUAUCGCAGCGAUCAAGGCAGGUUUCCGUAGAUCGGACGUACCUCGAGCAAGUGCUUGGACGUCUCGGCUAUUUCGGAAACACACGAUGA